UUAGACUUCAGCGAACGAAUUUCAGUGACUAUCGAACGCAGUAUCGUUGUGUUAGGCGCGCGCACUACAGUGCGGCGCCAGUGCUGUGAAAAUUCACUGCAGUCUCAAUACACAAGAAGAUGCUCCCGGGUUUUUGAUAAAAGGAGGCGAUAAAAACUAUUAGCAGAGAGGCGGCACCCAGCGGCACCGUGCGGGCCCGCCGUCUUGGUGGGCCCGCCACAGAUAACUGUAAACAUAGUACAUAAAGCAGCACUAAGAAACGAUGGAGCAAUUCGAGUCGCUGUUGACGUGCUGCGUGUGUCUGGACCGGUAUCGGAAUCCGAAGCUGUUGCCAUGCCAGCACAGCUUUUGUAUGGAGCCAUGCAUGGACGGCUUGGUUGAUUAUGUUAGAAGACAGGUAAAAUGUCCAGAAUGUCGAGCAGAACACAGAAUCCCAUACCAGGGAGUCCAGGGGUUCCCAACGAAUGUUACCCUGCAGCGGUUCUUGGAACUGCAUGCUCAAAUCGCAGGGGAACUUCCGGAUCCUACUGCAGGCCAGGUCAUGGAACGGUGCAAUGUUUGCUCAGAAAAAGCAUAUUGCGCACCAUGUGCCCAUUGCGACAAGAAAGUCUGCGAAGACUGCAAAGCAGCACAUAUGGAAGUUUUGAGGAGAGAAAUCUCCAGAAUAAAUAAUCAAAUACGUCGUGGUAUAAAUAGGCUUCAAGAUAUUUUAGGUAUAGUUGAGCGCAACACAACAAACCUUCAAACAAACUGUGCUUCAGUCGCCGGAGAGAUUGAUGAGAUUCAUAAACGCUUAUUAAAAGCAUUGAAAGAUCGCACCGAUUUCCUAAGGAAUGAAGUAGACAGAUACCUUGCAACUGAGCUCAGAAACCUAACACACCUUAAAGAUAAUCUAGAAUUAGAAUUAAGCAACAUACAGAGUAAUUGUGAUCUCGCUGAUAAAUAUAUGAACGAUGACGUCGAAUGGGAAGACACUGAAUUAGUAGACACUAAAGAAAUAUUUUUAAAGACCGUUGAAUUUUUAAGAAACUUUGAUUAUGAAGCGGGUGACUAUAACCGUAGAAUGAGGUUUAUAAUGACUCAUGAUCCGAAUCAGUUAGUGUUACAUGUUGCAAGCUACGGCGAGCUGAAUGUUACUCACCCUAAUGCCUAUUCUGGUGGCGUACAACAAAGUCAAUCUGGACUUACAAGGUCUAAGAGUGAUCAUCGUUUGGCAACACAGUUCCGCCAGCAAGAGGAAGCUAAAGGAUAUACGGAGAAUGAUGAACCAAUAUUGGGUGGCCGUAAAUUUGGUGAGCGACGACCACCACCUCCAGAGAAACACACAAGAGAUUACGGCGCGGAAGAUUACAGUGGUUACGAGUCUGAACACAGACCGUCUCGUAGGUUCCGCUCUCGUUUUGUGAGGAGCCACCAACAAGAUGAUUCUGACUCUGAACAAACAAGUCGCGCUGUCAAAGCAGAAGAAAAACAAAAGGAAAAAGAGAAGGUAGCUGAUACUGAAGAUGCCACUCGUGGCCCACUCAGUGGAAUAUUCAGAUUGAGCGAUUGCCCUCGUGUUAUGCAAAGGAUAUUAGAUGUUGACAGCGGUAAAAAAAAGGAGAAGAAAGAACCACCACCACCUCCUAAACCUGUUCAACCUGCACCUCAACCUCGUAGACCACCACCGCCCACGCAAAGGCAACAAAGUGAGGACGAUGAAAUAACACGUCUAAAGAGGCAAAACAAAGGAGCAGCGUCUUCUCAAGAACCAGACCGCGCCACUCCACGAGCUGCUGAAGAAGAAAGAAACGCUGUUAACCGUAAACCAGCAACACCUGCUCGGGAGGCGUCCAGCGAUGGUGAAUCUGAUGAAUCUGUUGGAUCUCGGCAACGAACACAACAGCGUAAAAAUGCAACUCCGGUUCAAAAACCAGCAACUCCAGCUCGGAGACCCUCAGCAUCUGAAGCACCUGCCCCACACCGACCGGCAGCGCGCGCUCCCAGUACUGAAUCGAGCGCAUCGACAGAAAGUUCCGGCUCGGCGGUAAAACACACAGGUGCGAUACUAUCAAUUGCUGAAUUGAAAGCAAAAUAUAGUAGUGACGGGCUCCCACCAAAACCAACUCGUUUAUUUUCCACAGGCAACGAGAGAACCGCACCAGUUACAACGAAUGGAACUGCCGGCGGGGCACAACGGGUACAAAGUCGUUUCGUUGGUUCUCAGCGACCGGCUCCCGCACCGGCGCCCGCCGAGCCGGCUCACGAAGAUUCCGAUACAAGUUCCGAAGAGGAAACAGACUCGUCAGAGGAGAGUGAAGAGGAGCCUGCUUCGCAAAGAAAGCCCGAGAGCCAGGCGAUGGCUCGUAGCGAUAUAGGCCCACUAUUAGCACGAAGCACUAAUGCUCGUAACGACGCCCAUGACAACAAAUCCAAAGACCCUCCGGCAUCUACACGAUACCGUACUAGAAACUCAUCACAAACUGAAGAAGAACCUACUUCUCGGUAUGGAACAAAUACCCAGUCUUCAUAUAGCAACCGUUAUGGAAGCAAACCAAAAGAUGAUGAGCCGUCAUCUUCAUUUGAUGACGAAACGAAAUACCCCACCGCUCGAUCGAGAUAUCUUGCUCUCAAAGAGAGGCGUAACCGUCUUGCAAGGAGUAAGAGCAGUCAUACCGGUUUUGGGGUAGGCGACGAUGACGACGCAGAUGACCCUGUGUCUCCGACUACAGCAUCACCUUCAGCAUAUCUUGCGGCUCGAUACGGCUCCGGCACAGGAGGUUCGGAGUUGUCUCGUAGCCGUUCAUCGCAUGCAUUGAAGUCUAGAGAGAGCUCGCCAGAAAGACCAACGACAGGCGAGAAAGACGGAGCGGCCUUGAGUUCUUGGGCUAGAUACUUGAAGAAUAAAUACGGGUCGCGGGGCAAAGAGCGAGAUACUGGCACAUCGUCGAGUACGUCGCGUCGCCUGUCUCUCGGGCUGCCCUUGCGUUCAGCUAAUGAGCUUGCCAGUUCUGAUGACGAUUCAAAAAACGCGGCAGGCUCCCCCAUCUCCCCUACGGCGGCUACAGCAGCGGUAGCAGGUUUCGCAGCAGCAGGUUCCUCCCCUAGGAGCCAGUAUCUGCAGAAACGCCGUUUACAAUUCAGCGUGGGGAGCCGGGGGAGCGAACCCGGUUGUUUUACAUGGCCUCGUGGUAUCGCUGUAGGCCCCGACAAUACUAUGGUCGUGGCUGAUUCUUCAAACCAUCGAGUUCAGGUGUUCGAUUCCAAUGGCAUUUUCGUGAAGGAGUUCGGGCAGUAUGGCAGUGGCGAAGGCGAGUUUGAUUGCUUGGCAGGCGUGGCAGUCAACCGCAUUGGGCAGUACAUCAUUGCUGACAGAUAUAACCAUCGUAUUCAGGUCUUUGACCCUGCUGGCCGCUUUUUGAGGGCAUUUGGUAGCCAAGGCACAGGGGACGGAAAGUUUAACUACCCAUGGGGUAUCACCACAGACGCGCUCGGCUUCAUAUACGUAUGUGACAAGGAAAACCAUAGAGUUCAGGUGUUCCAAUCCGAUGGUACGUUUGUGGGAAAAUUCGGUUCAUUCGGCUCGAAACUAGGUCAGCUCGAACACCCACACUACAUCGCUGUAUCCAGCACUAACAGAGUCCUGGUUUCUGACUCCAAUAACCACAGGAUUCAGGUGUUCGACGUCAAUGGACGUGUGCUGUCUUCGUUUGGCGAUGAAGGGUCUGAAGACGGGCAGUUCAAAUUCCCGAGGGGUGUAGCUGUUGACGACCAGGGUUACAUCGUGGUGGCCGACUCCGGCAAUAACCGUAUUCAGAUCUUCCAUCCUGACGGCACCUUCCUCCGAGCCUUCGGGUCUUGGGGCUCUGGCGAUGGAGAGUUCAAGGGACUGGAAGGCAUAGCUGUCAUGUCCGGAGGGAAUAUUAUCGUGUGCGAUCGGGAAAAUCAUAGGGUUCAGGUAUUUUGAAGUGGACACGACACUUCGUAAAAAAAAAUUGUGCCGAAUACAGCCAAAGCAUAAUGCCAUAUACUCUCAACAGUUUUAUCGAUAAUGUAAAUAAUUUUAUACACAUCGAGUCAGUGUUUAUAUUCAUCUGCUAUUUAAAGUGUUUUGUUAUACGAAAUGUUAUUGAAUAAACAUAUUUUAUGCUUUUAUUA